AUUUCUUCUUCUUCUUCAGUCUUUCCCUCUCUCCAAGAACAAAAAAAAACGCAGAGAAAAUUAGAACUUAGCAAACGACACGACACCGUUUCAUAGCAAAAAUGCUUUCUUCUUCUCCAACGUCCUUCGCUCAUCCAUUCCUCUCCUCUUCUCCGCCUCUCUCCCCAAUAUCUCCUCCGUCUCGUUCUGCUCGGAUCUCUCCUCCUCUCGUCUCCGCAUCUUGCUCCUACACCUGCGCGGAGGACUCGCCGAGACUGCAUCAGAUCCCGCGGCGAUUGAAGACGGCGACCGCCUCGCUUUACGAUAUUCUGGAGGUUCCUCUCGGCGCCACGAGCCAAGAUAUCAAAUCGGCUUACCGGAGAUUGGCCAGGACCUGCCAUCCCGACGUGGCGGCAACCGAUCGGACGAAUUCGUCUUCUUCGGCUGAUGAAUUCAUGAAGAUCCACGCGGCGUACUGUACGCUCUCUGAUCCUGAGAAACGAUCUGUUUACGAUCGGAGGAUGCUGCGUCGGAGUCGUCCUUUGACCGUCGGUACCUCCGGGCUGGGCAGUUACGUCGGGCGGAACUGGGAAACAGAUCAGUGCUGGUAGCGAGUUGGCUCGGUCCCCGAGUUAGCCCGAGUUAAUUCCAAUAUUAAAACAAAAAAAAAGUAAAUCGAUUGUAAAUAGGAAAGCGAUAAGUGUCUGGGCUUUGACGUUGUAAUUAAUAUUAGUAAGCUAACACGGACGAUGAUUAGUGUGCUAACGUACGCUUCCUCACUCUCUCCCCACGAGCGAUCGGCACCGUUUGUUUCGUGUUACGUAGGAUCUACGCGUUUUUUACCUUGUGAAUCCUAUAAUAGAUUAUCAAUGAGAACCAAAAAAAAAAACAUAUAUAUAUCUACU